AUGGGUACUGGGAGAAGAGGAUCAGCACUGGGAAUAAUAUGGGUGUGUCUCGUCCAAGGAUUAAUUAUGGCGAGCGCAGAUUUCAAUUACAGGGAAGCGCUUUCCAAGUCCAUUAUUUUCCUAGAGGCUCAGAGGUCUGGCAAGCUCCCCCCUAACAACCGGCUCCCAUGGAGAGGCGACUCAGCCCUCGACGAUGGCAAACUCGCCAAUGUGGAUCUGGUAGGGGGAUACUAUGACGCAGGGGACAACGUGAAGUAUGGGCUGCCAAUGGCGUUCACAAUCACGACGCUGUCGUGGGCUGCCUUGUUUUACAAGCCGCAGCUAGAAGCCGCCGGCGAGUUGAACAACGUCCAUUCCGCCAUCCGCUGGGGUACCGACUAUUUCCUCAAAGCUGCUUCCCGACGUAACCGCCUCUACGUCCAGGUGGGGGACCCAGUAGCGGAUCAUCAGUGUUGGAUUCGGCCGGAGAACAUGCAGACCCCAAGGACUGUUCUGACGAUUGACGAGAAUACACCGGGGUCGGAGAUUGCCGCCGAGACUUCUGCCGCAUUGGCAGCUGCUUCCAUUGUCUUCAGAAGCAGCGAUAGUGCCUAUUCCCGCGGUCUGCUCAACAAAGCCAAACUGCUUUUCGAGUUUGCCAAAUCACAUAAAGGAACCUACGACGGAGAAUGUCCCUUCUAUUGCUCUUACUCCGGUUUCAAUGAUGAGCUGCUGUGGGCAGCGUCGUGGCUGUACAAGGCAACCAGGAGGCCGCUCUACCUGAAGUACAUAAAAGAGGAAUCCAUCAGCGCUAGCGUUGCAGAGUUCAGCUGGGAUCUCAAGUACGCCGGCGCCCAAGUCCUUCUCUCCGGCUUGUUGUUUGAAGGAGAAAAGGAUUUAGAGAGGUUCAAGACGCAGGCGGACAGCUUCGUGUGCUCGGUGCUGCCGGAGAGUCCCUUCCACCAGAUAUACGUGUCGCCGGGCGGGUUGAUUCACCUCAGAGACGGCGCUAACACCCAGUACGUCACCGGCACCGCCUUCCUCUUCGCCAUCUACAGCGACCUCCUCGCUUCCAACCGCCAAACCGUCUCCUGCGGUUCCCAACAGUUCUACCCCACCCACCUCAUGUCCUUCGCCAAGCAGCAGAUGGAUUAUUUGCUGGGGAAAAAUCCGGCGGGGAGAUCAUACAUGGUGGGAUUCGGGAAGAACCCGCCGACGCAGCCGCACCACAGAGGAGCCUCCGUGAUCAGUGACUUGCCGCAAGGGUCGCCGGUGAGCUGCGCCCUGAGCUUCGUCUACUGGUACAAUACGAACCAGCCAAACCCUAACGAGCUCACCGGGGCCAUCGUCGGCGGCCCCGACCGGUACGACAACUUCGACGACAAACGGUGGGAUUCCCCCAAGCUCGAACCCUGCACCUACAUUAAUUCCCUCGCAGUCGGCGUUCUCGCCAAGCUCGCAUCCCUCCCCAUCUAA